AUGAGCAGCUACUGGUUCAAGAACUUUUGCGGGUUGCCCGUCACUGACUUCGAGCUGCUGAAGGUCCCUCAUCCCGGCGCCGAGUUCUCCAUUCAUGUGACGUUGCGCAGUAUUCAGACCGGCGCCCUGCUCGGCUUCCGAUCCUGGGCCCGCUCUCAACGGCGCUCUUCGCCAACACGGAACGCCGAUUCGACCUGCGGACCG